AUGGCACUUCCAAAAUUACUAUCUCCAAGUUUCUGGAUUGAUAAAUGCCUAACACUAGUCUUGCAAUUGACAUUGGCAUUAUUAUUGCAAACGUUAUACGUUUUGAAAGGGGAAGAUGUUAUUUUGACCGACGUGAAAGUAACAGUUCGUAAAUCGAUAUCGUCUGACGACUCCAGAUCAAAAACAAACAGUCCUCCCAAGUCAACUAAACAAACUCAAAGUAAGCAAGACAACCUUAAGGCAGGUCCAACCUCUAAAAACAAUAAAACCACUGUUACUGCCACCAAAGCCACUUCCAAUUCUCAAGGAGAUUCAACACAUCCUCCUAAAGUACCAUCUGUAACAUCUAAAGAAUCAAAAAAAACUAUAGAAAAAGCUAUCGUCACUGGAACCUUGACUGAAUUAAAACCUGAUAAUCUCGAAAAACAAAUUCUAUUGGAAGGGAAUAAUGUUGCCACGCCUAUUGAAAAUGAAGCUGUCACGCCUAUUGAAAAUGAAAUUGUUAAAAUAAAUGAUGAUGAAUCUCCCAAAACAAUUUCAUUUGAAAAAAUUAUUGAGGAAAUCAAAGAAGACUCUGUAAAUGUUGAAGAAAUCAAAGAGGAAUCUGCAACUGUCGAAGAAAUCAAAGAGGAAUCCGCUACUGUUGAAGAAAUCAAAGAGGAAUCUGCAACUGUCGAAGAAAUCGAAGAGUCUGUAACUGUUGAAGAAAUCAAAGCGGAAUCUGCAACUGUCGAAGAAAUCAAAGAGGAAUCCGCAACUGUUGAAGAAAUCAAAGAGGAAUCCGCAACU